GUUGAGACACAGUUGCAACCAAAAUGCUCAAAGCAGUUGCAGUAGGUUCCAGUCCCUAACGGUUGGUUGAUCAGACUAAUCUACUACGACUUUCCCGACUCGUUGUCCCUCAGGACUCUUUUAACUGUCUUUCUAUAAUUGUCUCUGCAAUCCCUGUGCUUUUCAAGAAGAGCACCAAAAAGAUCUUCACUUUUUAGUUAAGUUGGAGGGUCGGAGGUAGAGUUUCCGACCAUGAAAUUCGCGUUGGUGGCGACGUUACUGGCCUUGACGGCUCUAGGGAUCGCCAUAGGUGGAUGCCAGUGCGAGAUUGUGCAGUUCAUAUUCGGCGACUCCCUGUCGGAUGUCGGUAACAAUUACUACCUCUCCAAGGGACUUGCCAAGGCCAACAACCCGUGGUACGGCAUCGAUUUCGGCAACGGGUUGCCCAACGGGAGGUUCUGCAAUGGGCGCACCAUCGCUGAUAUAAUCGGUGAUAAGAUGGGUCUUCCGAGGCCUCCCGCGUUCCUCGACCCGUCCUUAACCGAGGACAUGAUAAUGCAAAAUGGAGUCAAUUAUGCCUCUGGAGGUGGUGGAAUCUUGAAUGAGACGGGGACUUACUUCAUUCAAAGGUUUUCACUUUACAAGCAAAUCGAGCUGUUCCAAGGAACCAAAGAGCUGAUCAGAGAAAAGAUAGGUGACAACGAAACAGAGAAUUUCCUUCAGAAAUCUCUCUAUGUGGUUGCUCUAGGAAGCAACGACUUCAUCAACAAUUACUUGAUGCCCGUUUACAGCGACUCGUGGACGUAUGACGCUGACGGUUUUGUCAAGUAUCUAACUGAUACUCUCAGAGCACAACUCACGAUACUACAUAGCUUAGGUGCGCGGCAGUUGAUGGUGUUUGGGCUCGGGCCGAUGGGCUGCAUCCCUCUGCAGAGGGUGCUAAGCACAUCAGGAGGGUGUCAAGAGAAAACCAACAAACUAGCACUCAGUUUCAAUCAAGCUACGAGCAAAAUGUUAGAGGAUUUGUCCAGCAAGCUCCCGAAUGCAAGUUUCAGAUUCGGCGACGCUUAUGAUGUUAUCAAUGACCUUAUAAGCAACCCCGUCAAAUACGGAUUCAACAAUUCCGACUCUCCCUGCUGCUCUUGGGGGAAAAUUAGGCCUGCUCUGACAUGUAUUCCGUUGUCGAAAUUGUGCAAAGACAGAAGCAAGUACGUGUUUUGGGAUGAGUACCAUCCCACAGACAGUGCUAAUGAGUUAGUAGCCAAUGAAAUCAUUAGAAAGAUGGGAUUGUCGCGAUCUGGCUCGUCGGAUGCUCCAUCUGCUGCACCUGAUGCAGCUCCUUCGCCACAGGGAUAAUGCUUUGUCCGAGAUCCAAUCAUUACGAUUGCUGAAUAUUGUGAUGGAAUGCGAAUAUCUGUAUGAAUAUAGGCUUCUUCAUUAAUUUAACAUACUUCUACAAUGCGAGCCGUUCUUAUAAGUUCAUCAGCCA